UGGACAAGUUCUUUGGUGCCAAGUUCAGGCACAGGUCCAAGGACAAGAGUCCCGGUUCAGUUUAGAUAAUUGUUUCGGUUUCUUAGUCGGUUGAUAGUUUCCUUUAGGGACAAGUUAGCUAAAUUAGGGAGGUUUGUUAGUUUCGGGCUCUUAUAAGGAGCACGGCAAGAUCUUUUGUAAUCAAGGAAGAAGUAGAUCAGAAUUCUCAGAGCCUCCAGCGUGAGGGCGAGAUUCAUCUACUUCAACCUAUAUCAUCAAUAAAGCCAGCAAUUUAGCCAUAACAUCUCUGGUAUCAAACAGGAAGUUCCUGCUCCUCGCCGGAAGAACCAAUCUGUGCCGAGAUCCCUUUCUCUGCGCCCACCACCCCACCAUCCCCUGCGCGCCGCUAAACCCACCGCUUUUCCGCAGCCAUGGGCGACGACAGCAACAAGUUCGUCACCAAGGAGGAGUUUCAGGAUGCCGUCGACAAGAUGAUCGCCAAGAUGGGCGAAAUUGGCAACAAGAUCGACAAUGAAGUCACCUCCAUCAAGUUGGAACAGGGGUGUUUCUCGAGCUCCCUGAACAACAUCCAGACGCAGGUGCUGGAGAAGAAGGGUGCGUUCUCCUCUGACGGGUCCUCUGGUUCCGAAAGUCCUGCUCCUGUCCACAAGCUCAGAUUUACCAAGUACGAGGGCUCUGAAGACCCGCUGGGUUGGCUCCACAAGGCGGAGCAAUUCUUCUGCUCCCAGGGCACCCCAGAGGAUCAGAAAGUCUGGAUGGCAUCCUUCUACAUGGAAGGAGCUACCCAGCAAUGGUAUUACCGGCUCGAGAAGAACGGCGGUGGCGCUCCGACAUGGGACAAAUUCGUCGAAGGCGUGAACAAGCGUUUCGGGCCCCCCGUCCGCAGUAAUCCUCUCGGCGAAUUGACGCAUCUCCGACGAACGGGAUCCGUGGAUGAAUAUCAGGAUCAAUUUCUCAAAUUGCUCACCAGAUGCGACGGAAUCACAGAGCGGCAGCAAAUUGACAUAUUCACGGCGGGCCUUGGCAAUCCGAUGCGCAUCGAUGUGGAGAUGCAGAAGCCCGAGUCAUUCGAGGAUGCCAUGGCUUUAGCGCGGGCGUACGAGCGACGACCGGCCAUCGACGACAACACCUCGGGCGCCCUUGUCCCGGCCCGCACCACGUCGCGCCCAGCGGGACGCGUCACGCCGCCAUCACCCAAGACACCGCUUGCUGCGUCCUCAAGCAGCGGCACAUUGCCGGCAACGCCGGGCGCCCCUGUCAAAGCCCCGCCCCGUAGUGCUCGAUUCACGCGCUUGACGCCUGAGGAGAUGGCGCAACGUCGUUUGGAGGGGCGGUGCUUCAAUUGCCCAGAAAAAUUCACUCCAGGGCAUCAUAAAGAGUGUUCCUUCCGCGGCAUCUACAUGCUGGAAAUUGACGAAGACGAUGGUGUCGAGGAUGAAGGGGAACCGCAGAUAUCCCUCUUCGCCAUGACCGGGAGCAAGGCAGGCGGUACCAUACAGUUGGCCACAACCAUCGCCAAUACUACCAUGCCGGCGCUAGUCGACUCAGGAUCGACCAACUGCUUCAUCUCAACGGCGACAGCAGCCCGUCUUGGGCUUACUCCAUCACCCUGUCCAGGCAUGACAGUCGGUGUCGCGAACGGCGACCGCGUCCCCACCUCCGGCAUCUGCAUGGCGACACUAAUCAGGAUCGGCAAUGAGCUUUUCUCCUUGGACAUUUAUGUCAUCCCAUUGGAGGGGUAUGAGCUCGUCCUUGGCUGCCAGUGGUUGCGUACACUUGGGCCAAUUGUCUGGGACUUCGACCUCAAGACCAUGUCCUUCUGGCGCGUCGAUCAUCACGUGAAGUGGUUCGGUGUGGGCACUGACAAGACACACUGCUCGUCCCUGAUCGCCGCCCAUGAUCUUCUCAAGCUGUUGCUGGAAGAAUUCAGCGACAUAUUUGCUGGACCCACCGGCCUUCCGCCUCAGCGCCACUUCGACCACCGUAUUCAUUUGCUGCCGGAGACAGAACCGGUGGUUGUUAGGCCUUACAGAUACCCCCAGCUUCUCAAGGAUGAAAUUGAGCGCCAAGUGGCAGAUAUGUUGCGCUUAGGUGUUAUCCGGGCCAGCACUUCAGCAUUCUCUUCUCCGGUGCUGCUGGUUCACAAGAAGGACGGCACAUGGCAUUUCUGCGUCGACUACAGAGCGCUGAAUUCCAAGACGGUGCGUGAUGUCUUUCCCAUCCCCGUCGUCGAUGAGUUGCUGGAUGAGCUUCGGGGCGCCCGCUUCUUCACCAAGUUGGACCUGCGGAGUGGCUAUCAUCAGGUGCGGAUGCACCCGGAUGACAUAGCCAAGACGGCUUUCCGGGCGCACCACGGCCACUUUGAAUUCCUUGUCAUGCCCUUCGGCUUGACGAACGCACCGUCGACCUUCCAAUCCUUGAUGAAUGAGGUUCUUCGCCCUUUUCUCCGCCGCUCAGUCCUUGUUUUCUUUGACGACAUCUUAAUCUACAGCAAGACAUGGUCGGAGGAUCUCCAACACGUUCGUGCAGUCCUACAAGUACUACGAGACAAUUCUCUUUUUUUGAAGAAGUCCAAGUGCAUUUUUGCUGAGGAGAAGGUGCAUUACCUGGGCCAUGUUAUUUCUGUUGCUGGUGUCGCUAUGGAUGAGUCUAAAGUUGAUGCAGUACAAGCAUGGCCAGUACCCAAAACCCUUCGGGCAUUACGUGGAUUUUUGGGGUUGACGGGAUACUAUCGCGAAUUCAUUGCUAACUAUGGUGUCAUUGCUGCUCCCCUUACUGCACUAAUGAAGAAGGAAGCCUUUCGUUGGUCGCCGAAUGCUACUGAGGCUUUCAAUGCCCUCAAGAUGGCUCUCACCACAACACCUGUUCUUCAGUUGCCUGAUUUUAGUCAGGAAUUUGUGGUGGAUUGCGAUGCUUCAGGGACUGGAUUUGGUUCUGUUCUUCAUCAAAGUCAAGGGCCAAUUGCUUUCUUCAGCCGAACUGUUGCUCCUCAGCACAGGAAAUUGGCAGCCUAUGAGAGGGAACUCAUUGGUCUUGUUCAAGCUGUCCGUCACUGGCGACCAUAUCUCUGGACGAGGGAAUUCACUAUAAGAACAGAUCAUUGCAGUCUUAAGUACCUUCUUGAUCAGCGCCUUUCUACUAUUCCUCAGCAUACAUGGGUGAGUAAGCUAUUUGGGUACGUGUUCAAGGUUGAGUACAGACCUGGCAAGCAGAACCGUGCAGCUAAUGCUUUGUCUCGCCGUGACGAGGUUUCCAUGUCCCAUGCUCUAUCUUUGUCUCAACCUGAAUUUGAGCUAUUUGAGGAAUUCAGAGCUGAAGCAGCUACACUUCCUGAGAUUGAGGCUAAGCGCCAUGAGAUCGCAGAUGGAACAACAGGUGCAGCUGGACCUUGGUUGAUGAUUUUGUCAUGCAUCGUGGGCGGAUUUUUGUUCCAUCUUCCUCUCAUCUCUGGCUGCAGCUCCUGGAAACUGCUCAUGGCAUUGGCCACGAAGGUGUGCAGAAGACCUUGCAUCGUCUUCGGGCUUCGUUCUAUAAUCCAGGUGCUGCUAAAUUGGUUCGUGAAUAUGUUCAGAGCUGCCAGGUAUGUCAAAGAAGUAAAACUGAGCAUUUACAUCCUGCUGGUCUGCUACAUCCACUUGAUGUCCCUUCAACCAUAUGGAGUGACAUUGCCAUGGAUUUUGUGGAAGGAUUACAUGAAGACUACUUAUGACAAGGCUCAUAGGGAGGUUGAAUUUGCUGUAGGAGAAUGGGCAUGGCUUCGUCUCCAUAAUCGCCACGCUGCCGGCAUUACAUCAGGUGGCAAUCAGAAGCUAGCUCCACGUUACUAUGGCCCAUUUCAGGUUCUGGAGCGGGUAGGCAAUGUGGCCUAUCGUCUUAAAUUGCCUCCCAAAGCUCGGAUUCAUGAUGUUUUCCACGUUGUCUUUCUCAAGAAACAUAAUGGAGCACCACCUGUAGAGAUUAUGCCUCUCCCAGCUAUUGCUCAUGGCUGGGCAUUGCCUACACCAGCUGCUGUUUCUCAUGCAAAGCCUAAUGGUCAUUCUUGGGACAUUCUGGUACAAUGGGUUGGCAGAGGACCUGCUGAAGCUACAUGGGAAGCAUUGGAGUCCUUCAAGGAGCGCUACCCAGAUUUUCAGCUUGAGGACAAGCUGUUUUCCCAGGAGGGCGGAAGUGUUAUGGACAAGUUCUUUGGUGCCAAGUUCAGGCGCAGGUCCAAGGACAAGAGUCCUGGUUCAGUUUAG